CACACAACGAGGCUCUUUAAGCCCCGGCGCGCGACACAGAGCGGGCAUUCAGAGCGCGAGCGAGGGGGCAGGAACUGACGGACUCUCGCGCUGGGCGGGCGACCUGCUUUCAGUGCAGUUCUUGUGCAGACUUCCAUCCCGAAGAAGACAGCGGAUGCGCGGGAAACGCGCGGAUGAUUCAUUCUGACCGAACCGAACGUGUGUGAAGAGAAAGUUGUUAAAGUUUCACAGGAGGACAUACAGAUAACACGUUUUACAGAGAGGGAAAAGCAUUUUAGAGAAAUAAAUAAUUAAUUUUAACAAUUGAAGCUUUAAGCGAAACUAGACCCAACGACACCUGUGACCGGCGAGCGAGAGGAAAGAUGUCGACGGAGGAGCACAGUAUGUCAGAGGUGGAAAUGAGUCCCGGGGUGUCGGAGGACGGUCACUCUAUAUCCCCCGGACACUCUUCGGGCGCACCCGGCGGGGCGGAAUCCCCUCUGCCCGGACAGCCGUCCCAAAUGUCGGGCGUCGGCGAGGAGGCGGCGGGAAUCUCCGGGGGCAUCACGGUGAAGUCAGACGAAGAAGACGACCGUUUUCCCAUCGGCAUACGGGAGGCGGUCAGUCAGGUGUUGAACGGUUAUGACUGGACGCUCGUGCCCAUGCCCGUACGCGUGAACUCUGGAAGUAAGAGCAAACCGCACGUGAAGCGGCCGAUGAACGCGUUCAUGGUGUGGGCGCAGGCCGCGCGCAGGAAGCUGGCGGAUCAAUAUCCGCACCUGCACAAUGCCGAGCUCAGCAAAACGCUUGGCAAACUCUGGAGGCUGUUAAACGAGACGGAUAAGCGGCCGUUUAUCGAGGAAGCCGAGCGGUUGAGAAAACAGCAUAAGAAAGAUUAUCCCGAGUAUAAAUACCAGCCACGUCGACGCAAGAACGGCAAACCGGGAUCCAACUCUGAGGGCGACAGCCACUCUGAGGGCGAGGUCAGUCACAGCCAAUCGCAUUACAAGAGUCUGCACCUGGAGGUGGCGCACAGCGGGGCAACAGGAUCACCACUGGGCGACGGGCACCACCCGCACGCUACAGGUCAGAGUCAUAGCCCCCCAACGCCCCCUACCACCCCAAAGACGGAACUGCAGGGUGGUAAAUCCGCGGAAGGGAAGCGUGAGGGAGGGGCCGGGGGCUCCAGGGGCGGUUUGGGGGUUGUAGUGGAUGGAAGCUCCUCCUCGGCGUCCGGCAGCGGUAAACCGCACAUUGACUUCGGUAACGUGGACAUUGGCGAGAUCAGCCACGACGUAAUGGCCAACAUGGAGCCGUUUGACGUUAACGAGUUUGACCAGUACCUGCCACCCAACGGGCAUCCAGGCGUGGCAGCGACAUCAAGUGGUGCGGGCGCAGGGUCCUCGGCUUCCCCGUAUGCAUACGGCAUCUCGACAGCCCUGGCGGCCACAAGUGGGCACUCCACCGCCUGGUUGUCCAAGCAGCAGCUGCCGUCCCAGCAGCACCUGACCUCUGAUGGCAUGAAAACACAGAUCAAGAGCGAAUCACAUUUCUCCACUGAGGUGGCAGCAGCGGCGAGUGGGUCGCACGUCACCUACACGCCUCUCAGCCUGCCGCACUACAGCUCUGCCUUUCCCCCACUGGCAUCCCGCGCGCAGUUCGCCGAUUUCCCCGAUCACCAGCCAUCCGGCUCCUACUACGCCCACUCCAGCCAAACCUCCGGGCUCUACUCCGCCUUCUCUUACAUGGGCCCGUCCCAGAGGCCCCUGUACACGGCCAUCCCAGAUCCCGGCUCCGUGCCGCAGUCACACAGCCCGACGCACUGGGAGCAGCCUGUAUACACCACCCUGUCUCGACCAUGACACACACACACAGGUUUAUAAGGUUUCACUCUCAUUUAAUAUCCAGUAGCUGAACGGUACAAACUACAGUGUGUUCGAAAAUCAUGAAAAACACUCACCUGCACCACAAUCGACACACAGAAAUCUGAGAGAAACUUUGGGAAGGGUGUGUGGACAUCUGCAGGGAAAAUAUUCUCACAAAACAUGCGUCUCAGGCUGAUAAAAUCAUCACGACCCGUCACAGAUUUCACAGAGAUCUGCUCAGAUUCCCUAAACGCCUCUCCAUAGAUGGCAGAAAUUUGACACCAAUGCUUUUAAUGAUAUAUAACCAAAGUUCUGAGACCAAAACAUUAAAACAAGGAAAACAAAACAGAGUUUCUGGUCUGGCAGGUCCACAAAUACUGAACAUCACAAACUUUACCCAACACCCAUGUAAACAAGCACACACCUGAUGAUAUUACCUGAACAUCUGUGUUUUGUAUUUGUAUGAAUGAAUAAUCUCUUUUAUUAACCAAAAUAAGGCCAUAUUGUUUUCAUUGUAAUCUUUUGUAUUGAUGUUACUGAUGUGUUGCCAUAACUACACUGAAAAGUCUUCACCACUGUCUAGUGUUUGUUAAUGACAUUUGUGUUUUAUGACUUUCAGUGUGUGUGUAAAUAUAAAUGAUCUUUACAGUUUUACUCCACACACAGAGACAACAGAAACAUGGGAUUAACGGGACAUUCCCGUCAUGUCGGAAUUCCCGCAAUUAUGAGUCUCCGAUAUAUAUAAACAACCCUUAAUUGUGGUUUUAUUACAGAUGGGAUAUUUUCAUUCUUUUAUAUUUUGUAAGAGAAUAUGGAGGUGAAUUAAUGUAGUCUGAUGAUUAUGAGGUUUUCCUGUCAUCGAUAACUAAAGCCGCACGGAUUUAUUUGGCGGUAAAUGUCUUCAGCAAACUCAAAACAUAUUUUGGCCUAUUUUUAAAAUUGAGGCAUUUACAUUUUAUAACAAAUUUCCGUCAAAUUGAAUGACAUAAUCUUUAACAAAGUUCAAUUAAAUAAAACUUUAAUUUAGUUAAAGAUUAUGCAAUAUAAAGUGAUUGAAAUUAGUUUGAAAACUAAAAUGCUUAAAUCUUAAAAAUAGGCCUAUAUAUAUAUAUAUAUAUAUAUAUAUAUAUAUAGAGCUACUAUAUAUAUAUAUAUAUGAAGCUGCUCUUAAUAUUUUCAAUCCCAUAUUGAGAAAGUUGGAUUAAUUUGAAAUAGUGUUGUUAUGUGGAGAUAUUUGCAGCAUCAGCGCAUUUCGCGGUAGUCCUAUUAUUUCGCGGUAUUUUUCAGUAAAUUAUGUUUCACCCUUUUGGUACUUUAGACUUGUUUUUCCCUCGUUAUGGUUAUUACAAAUAAACAAAAACUCGAUUUUUAGACCCUAUAACUUUUUGUUAUAUAUUACAAACUAUUAUUUAUAUUUGUUGUUUUGUUUUUUAUCAUUAGGGUUUUAUUCUGAUGUCGGAUAAUUCUGUUGUGUAAUGUUGUGGUGGGUAAAAGUGUUGUUGUUUUUGUUUAUCAGUGUAAAUAGAAGAGCAGUGACUAACUCCCCUCACUAUAAAUAAAGCUGCAGUCCAGACAAAAGUCCUCAUUUCUCCACACAUCUGAAAUAUUCAUUUAAGGGUAUCUCUGUAAAAUGAGCAUUCAAUGAAUCAGUAACUGUUUGGAUUAGGCUACUGGUGCUGUUUGUGCAUGCGAGUUUCUGGAUGACCUCAAACAUAUCCGGUGUGUUUUUAUUGUAGAGCUUCUAGCUUCACUCUUGAUUGGCUGACACCAGAAUCAUGACACUGCACAUCUCCAACCUUCUGCAUCAUUGUGUGCAUGUGUAUGAAUGCUGCCCUGCAUAUCAGCAUGUGUGUGUGUGUUGAGUUCAGGCUGAUUUCUAAUUCCCCUGAUUUAAUCAUCUGUGUGAUACUUUGGUCAAACAAAGAGACUCAUUCAUCUCUGACUGAGAAGGGGAGGAAGGGGGUCUCUGGCCUGCAGUUUUACUGGGAUACAAAGACACACACUCUCUCUCUCUCUCUCACACACACACACAUACUACAGAUUUGGACUUGUACAGAAAGUCAAACAGGAAAUCAGCAGAACUGCAAAUAAAUGAUUAAAAUAACUAUUGCAACUGUCACACAGUUUUGAGCUAUAAUCAUAAAUCUUAAAGGCAUAG